AGCUUGGAAGAAUUAUGAGUCAUCCAAACUUCACCAACUCAGCUCUGUUUGGAGAUAAAGAGCGGCCUAAGUGUCUGCGCUGUGCAGUGGUUGGUUGUGGGGGCAUCUUGAAUGGAUCCAACGCCGGCCCAGAAAUCGAUAGCCAUGAUCUUGUGUUCAGAUUGAACAGAGCCUUGUCGUCAGGUCGUUUUGCCCAGGAUGUUGGUGUGAAGACGAGUCUUUAUACCUUCUUUCCAGAGUCCAUGCAUGCACAAGAUGUCGUUGAUGACAGAGCAAUGUAUGUGUACACAAUGUUCAAACAGUAUGACGUAGACUACAUGGAGAGUAUUGUCAACAACAGCCAGUCGCCACCCAUCUACAUUCAAAAAGGAAAAAAAUUUAAACUGAAGAAACCACCCAUACCACCAGCCAGGCUCAAGCUCUUGCAUCCAGAUUUCUCUCGCUAUGUCUUUACAAGAUACUUAGAUGGCAAAUCACAUAGACCUACCACAGGUGCCUUAGUGGUAAUGCUCGCUGUCCAUGUAUGCGAUGAAGUAACCAUCUACGGGUUCGGUUACGACCAGCGCUUCACGCUGCACUACUACGACAAGGCCUUCGUCAGCCACACCGACAAAUCCACCGCUCUUCACGAUAUAGACAACGAGAGGGGACUCUGGAACAAACUGCACGAAGAAGGCGUUAUUCGCUUCUUCAAAAGGGACUUAUGACGGGAAUAAUGACUAUAGCCUAGGCGCUCGCCCUUGAACAACUCAUGACUAUUUUGCCUCGUUUUAUUGACACACUUGAAUAUGUUUUCAUUUGGAUAUAUAUAUAUGUACGAUCAGCACAUACAAAUUGUUAUUCACUGUGUUGACUUAUUUUUGUUUUCCUAGAGUUUUAUUUAAACCAUCUCCUUUUGAGAUUAUUCUAUUGUUGAUAUCAUGUAUGUUAUGAUAUGAAUUGGUAGUUACAUGGUGGAAAAGAAUUUCCACAUAAACUGUUCUGAAGUUGACUUCAAUUAUAUAAAUGUUGAUAUUUUGUGCAACUUAUGUCUCCAUUACAAAGAUCAAAACACAAUCUGUCAAAUUACUUGAACAAUGAAUUGUUCAAAUUACCAACAACAAAAAUUGUGUUUUUUGUUCUGUUUUACUACAGGUGAUAACACAGUAUAAAACUUCUUUGAUGGACGAUAUCUUUGAAACCCUGUAUCAUGAUAUUGUUAAUAGUUAACAAUAUCUUUGUUAAUCUAAUAUCACCUUGACGUACACUGAAGUAGCAUGUACGUCAACAUUAAAAAUCAAGUAACUCAUUAACACACAGCAUAGAUAGACAUUAUUUUUUAUUAUCUGAAAAUGAAUACAGUAGCACACACAACCCCAAAUUAAAUGAUUGUCAAGGCAACAUAUAAAGUAUCCUUUGUAGCUCAUAUUGCCACAUCAAGCAGUAGAAUUACAUUUAUCAAAUUGUAUUAAUUUAAUAGAAUACAAUAUUUUGUGCCAUAUAUAGUACUAUACGUACCAUUUUUAAUCUGUACACACAUUCCAAUAUAAAAGUUAUGUACAUAUCUGUUGAAAUUACAUUGUUGGAAUCUACAUGCUGCUAUAUCUAGAUCAGGUAGUUAAAGGGAAAUCCAACCCAAAUAGACAUCUACUCUAAACGAAUGCACUGAGACAAAUCAGAGAAGCAAACUAAAUCUAAGAAAGUUAUGAAUUUUUGAAAAUUGUAAUCACAAUACGUAAGGGCACUUCAAAUUGGCUGAAGCGAUAAUGUCAAUGUGAUGUAGUGCCAGACUACUUUCCCAUCUGUUCCAACAUAUAAAAUGACUAAACUCUACAUUUUUCAAACAGUCAUGGCUCUGAAGGGUCUUUUAUUUUUAGAGGACCUAUAAUAAUAUGCUAUUUAUCUUAUAUUUUUAGUAGUGCCCCAAGGAAGAAGGAACUUACGAGAAAAACAGAAAUUAGUGAUAUUUUUUUACACGGGAAAUGGGAGAGUUAUCCACGUCCUACGUGUAUGUCACAAUCCACUAACCAAAUACCAAUUCGAGAUUCGCAUAGAAUUGACCUAGUAAUCUCAUAUUCCAAACAUUCAUAACUUUUUUUAAUUGGUCAGAUUUAUUUCAAACUUUUGCCAUUCUGUUUCAAUUAGUUUUCUGCUUUCAUACAAAUCUACUUAAUAUUGCAGGGGUUGGAUUUCCCUUUAAGGAAAUAUAAUUGCACAUAUGAAGACCUGUCCAGAACACAAAAUGUAGAAUUGUUAUUAUAAUUCAAGGUGCUCCAACAUAGAUAACGAUAACAUUCUGGGCCCCGUAACGCAAAGGUUUGCAAUCUAUUGCAAAUCUGAAAUAACAAUCUUGAUUGGUUAAUGGUCAGCCUUUUGAAUAAUUUGUGCAUGCAACAAUGAUAUUGAUUGGCCAUUGCCAUUUUGUGAUUGAUUGCAAGUUUCUUGCUACGGGGCCCAGAAAGUGUUCUGGAUGCAUCAUCACCUGCCACUACAUUUCAUUAAACUAUAUAUUCUUUAUAACCCGAUAUAGUUGAAAUAUCUUUUGUGGAAUUCCUUAGUCUAUCUGUCAUCAAAUUCAUGUCUCACUGUCAGGUUUGACCAAAGCAUCUACCGUUCCACUGGUGUGCAUUCGUGUAUUUGUUUAUGCACUAGUCACAGUGGUAUUAAAAGAUGAGGCAUUUUAUGUGAAUCUGGCAGAUUUGUUUUUAACUUGACAAACCUGAUAGGAAUCAUAUGGAAUAUGAGAAGCAGUCUAGAAUGAUUAGAAUAGCUUCAGAUCAUUUUAAUAAUGUAAAAUUGGUGCAAAUUAGUUUAAAUUUAGUUAAAGCAUGAUAUGUGUAGCUAUUAUUAAUGAGAAGAAAUGAUAGCUCAUUUGUCAUAAAAUUUGACCCACUUUGUGAUUUGUUUUUGCAAAAGAUACUUGGUGCAAAAUAAAAAAAGUUAUAAGCAAAGUUUGUUUGGCUUGAUAUAAUCCACCUAAACAAGGUGCAUAGCUUAAUGCUAUUAUUGCAACUUAAUCUAGUCUUCAUUUUUAUGUUUUUUACACCAAAUAAUGCAUUUGAAAGUAUGUUUAGCAAACCAAAGUUAAUGUGUGACAUUAUAUAGGAGGAAAUAUAUGAGUUAUUGAUUACCAAAGUUUACAAAUUUCUUUAGUAAAAUCUAAUCCAGCUAUUUUUUUGUUACAUCUUUGCAAAAUUCUCUCUCUGUCUCUCUCUCUUUUAAAGUGUACAAAUUUCCAAAACAUGUUUUGCUCCUGAUGUAAGGGGUUCCAUGUCGCAUUACUGUGGUCGAACUAUGAGCUUCAAAUAUUUCUUUUACAAAGAGAUAUUGCAGUUUAAAUACACUCCCAGUGAGCUGCAAUAGAAUAGAGUGUGCACCAAAUCCAGGCCUGACUUGGGUUCUGUGCGCGCCCCCUUUAUUCAGGAGUUAUGUAAUCCUUUACUUGCUUCAUAGUCCUUUAUUGUUAAUUUAUAGAAUGCCAGGUAGAGUUUGAUGAGGUUGAUUCUAUGCAUUCUACCUACCGUUGAUACACAACUUAUUUUUUGGAUUGAUUGUUACACUUAAACUCUUUAUUUGUGUUGCCAGCCAGGCAACCUACAUGUAGAUGAUAGACUGGCAAUCAAUUUCUCUCAAUUUGUUAAAUAAAAUUCUCUUUCAACAUGUUUAAUUAUCAUCAAAUUUGGGGGAAUGAUAUAAAUAUAUUUGUAAAUAGUCUUCAAGAUAUAUGGAGAAUUUAGUUAACCACUAAAUAUUAUAUUUUUUGCAAUUUUCAUGAUUCAUUACUUUUGCAACUUUUUUGAAAAAGCAAGCUUGUGCAAACAAAUCACAGAUUUUUGUUAAUUCGGUUUUUGUCUGUGUAAUAGUGUACAUCAUUUGCAAAUGUAUUUUUUAUAAAACUUAAUGUUGCUUUGUCUUAUGUAAUAAUUGAUUAGCAAUAAUGCAAAGUGUUGUAGAUGAUUUUGAUUUUAGAUAAAAGCAUAUUACUCCCAAGUUAUUGAGAUUAUAUGUUUAGACUGCAGUACUGGAGAAACAUGUAAUGCUGUUACUGUAUAUUCCAUGCAAUAAGAUUUGCUUUUCUUAUUCCACAUUCUCAAUAUCAUAUGUUGUCUGUUUUAUAGAAUCACACAUUAUUGAAUAGGAUGUACAUGUAGCAUUUUUUUUUUUUUUUUUGGGGGGGGGGGCAUAAUUUGUUCCUAAAAAUGUUGGCCCUUUUUUUUCUUAUUAUGUUGUAAGGCAUGCACUACAGAGCAUACAUGUAUUUCUCUUUUUCACUAGUUCCAUUCUUAAGGCUUGUACUCGGCUGUUAUAUGAUUAAGGGCCACCGCCUACCAGCUGGGUAUUAUUUACCUUCUCUAACCAUCAUGGCCAUCAGAAAAUUAUCCCUUUUGCUUAAGAUUUCCAGAUAACGGAUCCUUAAGAAACAUAUCCACUUCACAGGUAAUUUGCAACAACGGAAAAAUCCCUUAGCUGGGACUUAAGACAAGUGAUCCAUAGAAACAUAUCCACUGCUGUCUUGAAGAAAUCCAAGUCUGGAGUUAUGCCAGAAAGCCAAUUCUUGGACAGAGUUUUAUAGUCGCUUGCUCGCUCUCUCUAUGUAUGAAUUGCUGUUGAGAGCCAGAAGGGCAUUAACUAUACAUAAACUAAUACGAGCCAACUCCCUUCUUGCACCAAACAGACGAUAUCAUGUCUUUGGAGCCAGGAGGGCAUUUCCAUGUAACUCGUUCAUCUUAUAACAGGGUUGACGGCCAUCUGGCUCUGAACAGACAUUAUUUGGGUGAUAUCAUCCUUAUCAAGUUGACUUUUCAAUGGCUCUAAACGUCUGUCUGUCUGAGAAUGCUGUCUAACUAUCUUUCUUACAGCUGAGAGGUAUGUCACCCUGAUAGAGUUUCCCCAAUCCAAUAUGAUAAGAGAAGUUAAAGGAACUUUUAUAUUCAUUGGCAGAUUCAGGGGAAAGGGGGCAUGGGGGCACUGUCCCUCCCCUGGAAAACCCAGUAUGUUAUACAGUAAAUUACACAUUAACUAAAGCAUGAAAGGGACCCCUAGGUGUCCCUCUCCCCUUCUUUGCAGAAAUACAGAUCCCAAAAGGUAUAUAAAAUGUGCCUUUAAUUUCACUAUUUUCAUUUUCUAUUUUAGCUUUUCAGAUAAUUUUUUAGUUAAAAAGGAAUCUAGAAGCAUGGUGUCACUUUGUGCCCACAGCCACAGAACGUUAUCUGAAAAAAAUACUCCACACUUGAUAUAGAGUCAAUUUAGUCAAUAUCGAUGCCCCAAGGAAGGAUGAAAGGUGAAUAGUUAUGUAAUGAUAACAUACCAUAUUGUUUCAAAAGGUAUGAGAAAUAAUGCCUUCCUUAGCAAAUUUUUGUUAAUUGACAUAAACUGUUAGCACCAUGUUCUACUAAAAUUCAAAUGUGACUGUGGUUUGAAGCUCAGCCUUAAAGGCCCUAUCCGAUGAAAAUACAA